AUGUUUCACAGGAAAGCCCGGUCUGUUGAUGCCAAGUUGUCUCUCGUCUGCAUGGUUUGGCUUGUGAUACGCUUCAACAACAAGAGAUCGCAAUACAGAACAACAAAAGGCCUCUUCUGGACAUCUCCUGAGAGGCGCAGACGCAAAGACUUCCAGCUCCUCUCCCGGUUCCCCUCGUGCUCGCACCACCGCCGCCAAGCUCCUCCUCCUCCCCGCCCCGCCGCCCCCGCCGCCCCCGCCGUCACCGUCACCGUCACCGUCGUCGUCACCCCCGACAACCUCCACCUGCUCGACCCCUUCCUCGCCUCCUCCUCCUCGCUCCAGCCUCUCCUCUUGCCGCGCCACACCCGCCGCGGGUGCGCUUCGUCGCUAAAGUCCGCGCCCUCCGCGACCUCCACCUCCCGCUCAUCUCCCGGUGGUUCGAGUCCCACCACUCCCCGCCCUGCGCGGUUGUCUCCGACUUCUUCCUCGGGUGGACCCACCGCUUCGCCCGCGACCGCGGCGUCCCGCGAGUCAUCUUCUCGCCGUCCGGCGCGUUCGGGCUCUCCAUCGCCUUCGCCCUGUGCCGGGACCUCCUCCGGCCCAACGAGGAGUCGAUGGUCUCACCGCGCGUUGUUUCCCGAGCUCCCCUGCUACCGAUCUACCGCCGCCCCCCCUUCGCGAAGCUGCCGCUGCCUCGCUGCUUCGCCCGAGCCCCGUUGCCGACGUCUGCUGGUUCGCUCACCACCUCUGGGCGCCACCGCCGCUGCGACCAGACGCCAAAAGCCGCCGUUCCUGCCGCGAUUCCGUCCUCAGCCCGUCCCGACUAGGCCCGCCUGCUCUCCAGGUCCCACUUUGUCUUCACCAGCCCCAAGCCCAGAGAGAAGGUUCCAAUAUAAACAGGUCAACCCUGUUCCCGGACGGAAAAAACGGGGUGGGCCGGGAACAGGUCCAAUGAAAACGGGGUAG